CAUGCCUCCUGGGUCGAAAAAAAGAAAGGCUUUGAAGAAGAAGCAGCAAGAGGAACAGGAAUCCAUUGGAGCUAGUGCCAACAACAAAGGCUUCAAUGGUCAUGGGAACAUUUCUGGACAUGAUGAACAUGGAAGCCAAGAUGAGAGAGAAAGUGAUGGCAACCUGAGUUCUCCUGGUUCUCAGGGAAAUGAUGAAUUUGGGGCAAGAGACCCAUCUCCUUCACCUCCUCCAUCAUCUGGUCUGGGGAAAGUCACUGUUAAAGAGAAUACAGACAUUACUCGGGUAGGAGUGAAAGGUGAAGACUUUAUUGCAGUUGGAAGUGGAACGGAUCAUGAGGAGAAUGGUGUGGACAAACCACCCAAUUCCUUUCCUGAAAAUUUGGCUCACAAUUCCAGAGAACUAGCUUCUCAAGAGGCUGGUGGUACUUCAACUUUGGAAAUUGCACCUGCUGUUGAAUCUGACAAGCCUGUGGGUUCUUCUUCUGCCUCAAAGGUUGUGAUGGCUGACAAAAAUGAGCAAGUUGAGAGCUCGACAGACUCGGAUUCUGUCCAACAGAAGUCUGGUGAAACCGAAGGGAAGCGUGGACUAGAAGAAGCGAAAAAAGGUAACAACAUUUCAGGAUCUGCUGCAGACACAAGCAAAGAAAUCAAGAGAGGGAAAGAAUCUGAAGUGCCAGAAUGUUCGGAAGAAAGGAGUCUUAUGCCUUCUGGUCCACCAGUUGUUCGAACCUCAUGGUUGAGUUGCUGCGGUUUGUUUGAUGUGAUGGCAGGAUCUGAAAGAUAAUUUCAGAAGAUAAGCAGAAAAGCAUAAAUCAGCAAACAAUGGACAGCAGAAAAGCUUAAAGAACAGCCAACAAGACAGUAUUCAUUGGGUCGUAUAUUCUUCUCUGUACAUUCAAGCACUAAUGUCUGUCUUUGCAACAUAAAUUUCUUGUGUUCAUGUUUUGGAAUUUUUAGAUUCAUGAGAACAGAACACAGUUCCUACUUUCCUACUCUUUUUCGUAUAUUCAACAGCACAUUAAUGGGCUUACCA